CUCUCAUCUUGGUAAACCUCCUCCCCAGUCGUAAUAGGCAUAAUGGACAGGCCUCUUAUCUCCAAUAGCUCGGUAAUCCAUUAUUCUUAUGCAUAUACGGGAUGCUUUGGCACCUACAACUCCGCGUCUUGUGUCCGAGACUCAAGCCUAGCAUUUCUUGCAUGUGUGACAUGCCUGAUUUGUGUCUUCAAGGUGUUUAAACUGCAUAGCCAUCACCACUCACUGCCAAAUCAGUACAUUAUUUACUAUAGCGGCAUCAUCAACUGCAUUUUAUGUGGAUUGAACUGGAUCUAUCUGUCAAAGACAGCUGUGCACUUUAUCACACAGUUCCUGAAGACGACAUGCCAGGUCCUUGUUGUCACACACUUCCACUGCCUGCUCGCUGCUCGCAUGACAAGACAAGAGGAUAAUAUCAGACUAUGGUCGGUUCCUUCUCUUAUACUACUGGUGAUCUACAUGCUGGUGACUUGUAUUGUCGGCCUGUCAACCAUGACAACAGAAUACCAUGAGUGCUAUGAACCAGAAUGGCUGCUCAUGUCGUGUAUGGAGUUUGUCAUUGUGCAGAUAUUUCUUGCUGCUGGACUUAUUAUUGUCAGGGAAUUAAACAAUAUCCACAUGCAAGAAACAGACAGAACAACACAGAAGAGAGAUUUGUGGGGGAUUAUCUUUGUGUUUGAGAUUUCCUCUGCAGCAAGUGUUAUCCAUGACAUUGUCAUGGCAAUAACUGGACCUACAAAUUUGUGCCAAGGUGUAUUUGUGAACACGGCUGUAGGCUACACAUCUAUUUAUAUUACAGUUAAAAUUGUUCAGUGGUUGCUACCACUUUGGGCCAUCGCUGCCAUAUUUGGAAUUGAGAAUAAUGAUUGGAGCGAGGCAGAGCAGCGAGUACCAGUCUACAUCAAUGCGCAUGACUCAGGGAAUUUCACAUCUGAGUUCAGGCCUCGCGGGACAAGCUUCAACUACAAACAUCUUUACGAGCACCCGCAAGCUCCACUCAUGCCGUCACAAGGGCGAGCCACAUCACUUCCUGGGAUUGCCUCAUCGUAUGGGACUAUGGGCAAGAAUAUACUAGGUCAGUCACCCAAAACUCAAAGCGGGGAGGCAUACCCACCUAUAUAGAGUAUCUACCAAGUACUGUACCAGCCACACAGGCGAAGCCAUCGUAUGACACCAUGGACACUAAUAGGUCAGUCACCUAAGUCUCAAUGUGUCGGCCAAGUAACAGCCAUCCAGACACAUUCAUGGUAUUGCCCUAUGGACUUUACUAGGUCAGUCACCCAAAACUCAAAGCGGGGAGGCAUACCCACCUAUAUAGGGUAUCUACCAAGUACUGUACCAGCCACACAGGCGAAGCCAUCGUAUGACACCAUGGACACUAAUAGUUCCGUCACCUAAGACUUAUAGAGGGGAGGCAUACCCGCCUUUAUAGGGUAUCUACCAAGUACUGUACCAGCCACACAGGCGAAGCCAUCGUAUGACACCAUGGACACUAAUAGUUCCGUCACCUAAGACUAAUAGAGGGGAGGCAUACCCACCUAUAUAGGGUAUCUACAAAGUUCUGUACCAGCCACACAGGCAAAGCCAUCGUAUGACACCAUGGACACUAAUAGUUCCGUCACCUAAGACUUAUUGAGGGGAGGCAUACCCGCCUACAUAGGGUAUCUACAAAGUUCUGUACCAGCCACACAGGCGAAGCCAUCGUAUGACACCAUGGACACUAAUAGGUCAGUCACCUAAGACUAAUAGAGGGGAGGCAUACCCACCUAUUUAAGGUGCCGGAUAAGCACCAGCCACGGAGACACAGUCAGCGUAUGGCGCCAGUAGCAUGAAAUAAUGGGGAGGCGUAACGGCCUAUAACGGGUAUCCACAUUAAGAAGUCACACAACAGCCAUCCAAACAGACUUAGCUAACAGUGGGCAAAACUAGGCAAAGCUCACAAGGCCAUAUAGUUACCUGUUUCAGAGCUAAGAGGCUAUCGCCGAACACCUAUCGUGGUAUUACCUACGUGCGUAAGCAGAGUAGACGGCAAGUCUCUACAUGGCAUCGUUCCAGUGUAAGUCAAACACUAACAACAUGGCAGAGAGGCUCGGAGCUAGAUACAUAACAUUUACUGUUUAGCUGCUUAUACCCUAUAGACCUUCAAUCCUGACAGACGUCUGAACCCAGAGGGUUAUAUGUCAAAGAUGAGUCGUCCAACACUUAGCACCUGACAGACCUUCGAUCCAAAAAGCGAGUCGCCCCGCCUUCAAUCCAAGAAAAAGAAAUUGUGUCUAGAAUCCUGAAAUAUUUUGUUUUCAUUCAUUGAGUUCCAAAUCGUUUACUUUGCAGCCUACUACUAGAAUUUAUUUCGGAACGUUCGGGUAAGCUUGUUGUGUUUGUUGGCAUGAUGUUCUCCAUAUCAUUCUAAUUCAUUCUCAAACAGAGAUGAGAAAAUAUUUUAAAGGUUGGGAUCAUGUUUUUUUUUAUCAGCAAAGUCCGAUUUUACCGAUAAAAACGUCGCUUAUGAAUAUGAUUUACUUCGCGUCCUUGAGGAUGCUUAUUUUAAAAAUUACUCGUCUUAAAAGACAAAGAUUUUCUUGUCAGGUUCCAGCCCCGUCCCAAACCAAAUUAAAAGCGCUGUCCGUGUGAGCUUGCCUCACAAGAAAGUCUUUCACUCCCUUCUUACACCUCCUUUAAAUAAGGUUACACUAGAAUGGCAUGUGUAGUUCCCACAGUGCUCAUGGGUAUAAAACAAAUCAACAAAUAAGCGUAUAUAAAAAAUAAUAAAUGCUUACAAAUGUACCAGUAAAAAAAUUUCCAUGGCUUCCAGAGACCAGGGCAAACCCAUUUCUACCCCACCCAUGAACCCCUGCGGGCUGUGACAUGGAUUCUAGAGUGCAACCUAAUUGAAGCAGGGAUAUACAUAUUACUAUAUGCACUUUUUUGGUUCACGUAAAGAUAGGAGAUGGUGGCAAAGUGUUUAAAUUAUGUUAUUAGUGUAUUAUGUAUUUAUCGAGGCUGUGAGCCGUGUAAUGAGGGUUUUAUUUGAUAAUAAAUGCAUUACGGUAA